AUGGAGGCGCUGCUGCUGGGCGUGGGGCUGCUGCUGGGCGCCUACGUGCUUGUCUACUACAACCUGGUGAAGGCCCCGCCGUGCCGCGGCCUCGCCAGCCUGCGGGGCCGCACGGCCGUAGUCACGGGCGCCAACAGCGGCAUCGGGAAGAUGACGGCACUGGAGCUGGCGCGCCGGGGAGCGCGCGUGGUGCUGGCCUGCCGGAGCCGGGAGCGCGGCGAAGCGGCUGCGUUCGACCUCCGCCAGGAGAGUGGGAACAAUGAAGUCAUCUUCAUGGCCUUGGAUUUGGCCAGUCUGGCCUCCGUGAGGGCCUUUGCCACUGCCUUCCUGAGCUCCGAGCCACGGCUGGACAUCCUCAUCCACAAUGCCGGGAUAAGUUCCUGCGGCCGGACCCGGGAGCCCUUUAACCUGCUGCUGCGCGUGAACCACAUCGGCCCCUUCCUGCUGACGCACCUGCUGCUGCCCCGGCUCAAGACGAGCGCCCCCAGCCGUGUGGUGGUGGUCUCCUCUGCCGCCCACCGCAGAGGCCGCCUCGACUUCACACGCCUGGACCGCCCAGUGGUGGGCUGGCAGCAGGAGCUGCGGGCAUAUGCCGACAGUAAGCUGGCCAACGUGUUGUUCGCCAGGGAGCUUGCCACUCAGCUUGAGGGCACUGGUGUCACCUGCUAUGCAGCCCACCCAGGGCCAGUGAACUCGGAGCUCUUCCUGCGCCACGUUCCUGGAUGGCUCCGCCCACUUUUGCGCCCCCUGGCUUGGCUGGUGCUCCGGGCACCGCGAGGGGGUGCCCAGACACCCCUAUACUGCGCUCUGCAGGAAGGCAUUGAGCCCCUCAGCGGGAGGUACUUCGCCAACUGCCAUGUGGAGGAGGUGCCCCCAGCCGCCAGAGACGACCGCGCAGCUCACCGGCUGUGGGAGGCCAGCAGGAAGCUAGCAGGGCUUGGGCCUGGGGAGGAUGCCGAAUCGGAUGAAGAUUCCCAGCCUGAGGACCCGGGGACUCCAUCCUCUCCAAGCAGCCCCCACCCCGAGGAGCCCAUGGCUUCUGAACUCUACCCCAGCCCUCAGAAUUCAACAGACAGGUCUACGGUCACGCGCCGGAUUCCGGUUAAAGCUGAACUUGAGUCUCAGGCUUGCUAA